AGCGACUCCGACAGCGGCGACUCCGACGGCAACGGCGUCUACGAGUUCACCCAGGACCUGCGGCACGGCGACCGCAGGGACCAGCUCCAGCAGCAGCGGGGCAGGAGGAGGAGGAAGAAGAGAAAAGCCAAGGAGAGGAACAAGGUCGCCCGCCUGUGGAAGGCGUUCGGCAGCAAGCUGAAGAGGAUCGUGGAGAGCAAGUACUUCAACCGGGGGAUUAUGAUAGCCAUUCUCAUCAACACGCUGAGCAUGGGCAUUGAGUACCACGAGCAGCCAGACGAGUUGACUAACGCCUUGGAGAUCAGUAACAUCGUCUUCACAAGCAUGUUUGCCCUGGAGAUGCUCCUGAAACUCCUUGCCUUUGGCCUCUUCGGCUACAUCAAGAACCCGUACAACAUCUUUGACGGGAUCAUAGUUGUCAUCAGCGUCUGGGAGAUCAUCGGCCAGUCAGACGGGGGCCUCUCUGUGCUGCGGACUUUUCGGCUGCUCCGGGUGCUGAAGCUGGUGCGGUUCAUGCCCGCCCUCCGUCGCCAGCUGGUGGUCCUGAUGAAGACAAUGGACAAUGUAGCCACCUUCUGCAUGUUGCUCAUGCUCUUCAUCUUUAUCUUCAGCAUUCUCGGCAUGCAUCUUUUUGGAUGCAAGUUCAGCUUGAAAACUGAUACGGGAGACACAGUUCCAGAUAGAAAGAAUUUUGAUUCCUUACUUUGGGCCAUUGUGACUGUAUUUCAGAUCCUCACUCAAGAGGACUGGAACGUGGUCCUGUACAAUGGGAUGGCAUCUACAUCCUCAUGGGCAGCACUCUACUUUGUGGCCCUGAUGACCUUCGGCAACUAUGUGCUCUUCAACCUUCUUGUUGCCAUUCUGGUAGAAGGAUUCCAGGCAGAGGGUGAUGCCAAUAGGUCAGACACAGAUGAGGACAAGACAUCCGCCAACUUCGAUGAUGAUUUUGAGAAGCUAAAAGACCUCCGAGCAACAGAGAUGAAGAUGUACUCACUUGCCGUCACUCCAAACGGACACCUGGAGGGCAGGGGAAGCAUGCCACCUCCUAUAAUCAUGCGCACUGCUGCCACACCAAUGCCCACACCAAAGUGUUCCCCACACAUGGAUUCAGUGCACACUUUUGUGGAGUCAAGGAGAGGGAGUAACGCUUCGCUAGACCCCUUGAGCUACGAUCAGAAGUCCUUGUCCAGCCUCCGCAGUUCUCCCUGUGCCAACUGGGGCACCAGCAGCAACUGGGGAAGCCGACGCUCGAGCUGGAAUAGCCUGGGCAGAGCCCCGAGCCUCAAGAAGAAGAACCAGUCAGGAGAAAGAGAGUCCUUGCUCUCUGGGGAGGGGAAAGGCAGCACCGACGAUGACUCCGAUGACGCCAAGUCCAGCACAGUCAGCAGGCCCUCGUUGCACCGCCGGGCAGAGUCCUUAGACUACCGCAGCUCCCUGGACUUGCCUGAGCUGCUCCAGUUGCCCACCAUGCACCACUCGCUCAGUAUCAGCCCCGUGGCCGUUCUGCCUGCUGAGUACCAAGACUGCAAUGGCAAGAUGGUUCAUGUCCCCAGCGAGUUCUUCCUGCGUGUGGAUGGCCACAAAGAGGAUGCCAUGGACUAUGAGGAUGACAUGGAAGAUAGUUACUGCUACCGGAUUCGUAAAGUCCUGGAGCCCUACAAACCACAGUGGUGCAAGAGUCAUGAAGACUGGUCCCUCUACUUGUUUUCCCCACAGAAUCGGUUCCGAGUGAUGUGCCAGAAGGUCAUUGCUCACAAAAUGUUUGAUCACGUGGUGCUGGUCUUCAUAUUUCUCAACUGCAUCACUAUAGCACUGGAGCGACCAGACAUAGACCCACACAGCACAGAAAGGAUAUUCCUAAGUGUUUCUAAUUACAUCUUCACUGCAAUCUUUGUGGCUGAAAUGAUGGUUAAGGUGGUAGCUCUUGGCUUUUUCUCUGGGGAGAACACCUAUCUGCAGAGCAGCUGGAAUGUCCUGGAUGGAGUCCUGGUCUUUGUGUCUAUCAUUGACAUUAUUGUCUCCAUGGCAUCAGCAGGCGGAGCUAAGAUCCUAGGUGUCCUUCGUGUUUUGAGACUUCUGCGGACCUUGAGACCUCUCCGAGUCAUCAGCAGAGCUCCAGGUCUGAAGCUGGUGGUAGAAACCUUGAUCUCCUCCUUGAGGCCUAUUGGGAAUAUUGUUCUCAUCUGCUGCGCUUUCUUCAUUAUCUUUGGGAUUUUAGGGGUCCAGCUUUUUAAAGGCAAGUUCUACUACUGUGAUGGUCCUGAUGUGAAGAACAUCACUACGAAGACUGACUGCACUAAUGCACACUACAGAUGGGUUCGGCGGAAGUAUAAUUUUGACAAUUUGGGACAGGCUCUCAUGUCCUUGUUUGUCCUCUCCUCCAAAGAUGGCUGGGUGAACAUCAUGUACGAUGGUUUGGAUGCCGUGGGUAUUGACCAACAGCCCAUCCAGAACCACAACCCUUGGAUGCUUCUCUACUUCAUCUCCUUCCUGCUCAUCGUCAGCUUCUUCGUGCUCAACAUGUUUGUGGGGGUGGUGGUGGAGAACUUUCACAAGUGCCGACAGCACCAGGAGGCGGAGGAGGCCCGGCGUCGGGAGGAGAAGCGGCUGAGACGCUUGGAGAAAAAGCGCAGGAGUAAGGAGAUAUACCUGUCUGAAGCCCAGCGUAGGCCUUACUAUGCUGACUAUUCCCCAGCGCGGAAGUACAUUCACACCCUCUGCACCAGCCACUAUCUCGACCUCUUCAUCACAUUCAUCAUUGGGGUCAAUGUCAUCACUAUGUCGAUGGAGCACUACAACCAGCCAAAGUCCCUGGAUGAAGCCCUGAAGUACUGCAACUAUGUGUUCACCAUCGUUUUUGUGUUCGAGGCAGUUCUGAAGUUGGUGGCAUUUGGUUUCCGAAGGUUCUUUAAGGACAGGUGGAAUCAGCUGGAUUUGGCCAUAGUUCUCUUAUCAAUUGUGGGAAUCACGCUGGAGGAAAUCGAGAUGAAUGCUGCACUGCCCAUCAAUCCCACGAUAAUACGCAUCAUGCGGGUGCUGAGAAUAGCAAGAGUACUGAAACUGCUUAAAAUGGCCACCGGGAUGCGAGCUCUCCUGGACACAGUGGUACAAGCGCUUCCCCAGGUAGGGAACCUUGGCCUACUUUUUAUGCUCCUGUUUUUUAUCUAUGCUGCCCUGGGAGUGGAAUUGUUUGGCAAGCUAGACUGUAGCGAAGAAAAUCCUUGUGAAGGUCUGAGCCGGCACGCGACUUUCACCAACUUUGGCAUGGCCUUUCUCACCCUCUUCAGGGUGUCAACGGGGGACAACUGGAAUGGUAUCAUGAAGGACACUCUCCGGGAAUGCACUCGAGAAGACAAGCACUGCCUCAGUUACCUGCCUGUGAUCUCUCCUGUCUACUUCGUCACCUUCGUCCUCAUCGCACAGUUCGUCCUAGUCAACGUGGUGGUGGCAGUGCUGAUGAAGCACUUGGAGGAGAGCAACAAGGAGGCCAAGGAGGAUGCUGAGAUGGAUGCUGAGAUAGAGUUGGAGAUGUCCAGAGGAGCAACCAGCUCGGCCACCAGUGGGAGCAGGGGAGCCUCUCUGAGGCCACAGGACUCUCACAACCUGCUGACAGUCCGCAAGAUCUCCGUUUCCCGAAUGCACUCCUUGCCCAACGACAGCUACAUGUUCCGGCCGGUGAUGCCAGCGAAAGCCCCUUUCCCCCUCCACGAGGUGGAGAUGGAGGCAUAUCCCUGCAAAUCCCAAAGAGGGUCCAUCACCUCCAUCCGCUCCCAGCCCGUGGGAACGUGUUCCUCUCUGAGAGUCCCAACGGAGUCCCUCCAGCUGGCAGUCCGUUCUCCCAACCAUGAAAGCCGCCACCGCUGGAAGAUCCUUCCCUCCCACAUCGCACCUCGAUCUCCUACUCUCAACAAGCUGCUGUGCAGACAGGAGGCCAUUCGAACGGACUCUGUGGACGGGCACACUCCGGACUCCAAGGACAGCCUGCAAGCAGAGCCUGGAGAGACACUCCCGUCAGCACCCCCCCACGCUCCCCGCCGUCCUCCCCGCAUCGGCACCGCAGCCCACUCGCGCGGAAGCACCCGCCCCGCCGCCAGCCCUCCCAGCACCGAGGGCUGCCUGUUGGAGUCCUCCGACCUGGCUGAUGAGGAGGUUCGUCACAUCAACAGCUCAGCCAAAGACUGGGGAGGAGAGCACUCGGACCUCCGCCGCGCCGGGGGCAGCAGCAAGGAGAAGGACUUUAAGAAGUUUUACAGCAUCGACACCAAGGGCUUCCUCAACAAGCCCAGCUGGGCAGAUGACCAAAGGCGGCACUCCAUCGAGAUCUGCCCCUCCAUCAGCGAUGGGAACUGCAGCUUUGAGGACCCUGCCGAGGAAAAGCCGCGGUCCCCUGCCCACAUCCAAACGGAAUCCGAGUACAUCCACGGAGCCCGGAGGAAGAAGAAGAUGAGCCCGCCCUGCAUUUCUAUAGAUCCUCCCAUGGAGGACGACGGCGGGGCGGCCUCGCGCACCAAACAGCCGGCCGCCGCCUCCUUGCCCAGCCUCUCGGAUCUCCUCCUGGACAGCGGUCAGUCCACGCCGGCCUCCGUGGACUCGCGGCCGGAGCCCACCGGCCCCGAACUCAAAAAGCCGGAUCACUUAAAAACUCAGUGGAGCAACGCUGAGAAAAGCAAAGAGCUCCUGGGCGUUGCUAAGAGCCCCCUCCGGAAGCAGGACUUGGUCCCGGUGACUGUCGCAACAGAAGAAGACAUAGAUGACCCAAACGCCUUCGGAAUCCCAGUGGGAACGUCACCGUCCCACUUGCACUUUCUGUCGGUCUUCCCUCCGCACCCCCGCACGGACACGGUCACCUCCCAAGGCCCUUCCGUCGCCAGCUCCAGCUCAGAAGCCUCUAGAGGAAUCCAGGUCACCUGUUAA